UCUUUAUUUUUUUUUUUUUGGCUGGAGAAAAACACACCAAAAACACACGCGAAAAGACUCCGCUCCUGUCGCCCUACCCCUUCUUCUUUUAUUUCCUGUCAGUUUUUUUUCUUUCUUUCUUCUUCUUCUUGUUGCGAUUUCUUUCGUGCAGCGAAGGCAGCAACCGCGGCCGGGACUGAGCCCGGUGCUCCCGAGGAUGAACUAGAAUUGCGAUCGAGGCUGCGGGCUCGUUUUUACUGGAUUUAUUUCGCCGUGGAGGAAAAAGAGAUCCGGGAGCGGAGCGGAGCGGCGCGGAGCGGCGCGGUGCGGUCCGUGAGAUUUUGCUAAAAUGCAUCAUCAACAGCGGAUGGCAGCUUUGGGGACAGACAAGGAACUGAGUGACUUACUGGAUUUCAGCGCGAUGCGAAACAGCGAUUUGAAAAUGUUCCCAACAUCCAUGAUGUUUUCCCCUCCUGUUAGCAGUGGAAAGAACGGGCCGACUUCCCUGGGGAGCGGACAUUUCUCCGGCUCAAAUAUGGAGGAGAGAACGAGUGCAGGGUCAUGGGCGAGUGGAAGUCGUUCUUCCAAGAGUUAUGCAGAUGGGUCUCAGUACAUGGCGUCACACGACAGCCUCUCACCUUCGUACGCCAACUCCAGCAGGCUAACAGGUAAAACAGAGAGGAGUUCGUACUCGUACAGCAGAGGGUCCAACCCACACUGCCACCAGUCGAUACUGGGUGGCGAGAUGGGUUUGGGGAGUCCCGGCGCGGCGUCGCCCACCAAGCCGGCCAGUCAGUACUACCAGCACUACGGCUCCAACCCGCGGAGGAGAACGCUGCCUAUGGACGCCAUGGAGGUUCACCCGAAGAAAGUUCGGAAGGUCCCUCCCGGCUUGCCGUCCUCGGUGUACGCUCCGUCUGCCAGUACAGCAGACUACAACAGGGACUCACCGGGUUAUCCCUCCUCCAAACCUCCCAGCGCUGGCUUCCCAAGCUCAUUCUUCAUGCCUGAAGGUCACCACAGUGGCGAUCACUGGAGCAGCAGUAGUAGCAGUAUGAGCCAGCAGGGUUACCAUGGCAGCAUGCUGGGGGGCGGGAACUCGGCCCACGGCCCCGCCCAGGGCUCCUCCUACUGCGGGAUUCACCCUCACGACAGAUUGAGCUACCCGUCCCACUCGUCUGCAGAUAUCAGCUCCAGCCUCCCACCUAUGUCCAGCUUCCACAGAGGGGGAGGGAGCGGGGGCGGGGGCAAUCACUACAGCACCGCCUCUUGCACCGCUUCCACCAACGGCACAGAAAGCCUCAUGGCUAACCGAGCGCCGAGCGCAGCAGCCAGCAGCUCUCAGACAGGAGACGCCUUAGGGAAGGCACUCGCAUCGAUCUACUCCCCAGACCACACGAAUAACAGCUUCUCGUCCAAUCCCUCCACCCCGGUCGGCUCCCCACCCUCCCUCACAGCUGCCAGUUCAGCUGUGUGGUCGAGGAACGGCGGACAGGGAGCGUCUUCGCCAAACUAUGAGGCUCCGUUGCACUCUCUGCAAAGUCGUAUCGAGGACCGCCUGGAGCGUUUGGACGAUGCCAUCCACGUACUGCGGAGCCACGCGGUGGGACCGUCGACGGGUAUGGCCAGCGGGCACGGCGAAAUGCACAACCUCAUCGGGGCCGCACACACGCACAACGGCGCCAUGGGCGCUCUGAGCAGCGGGUACGGGACGGGACUGCUGUCGGCCAACAGACACUCCCUCAUGGUGGGCUCUCACAGAGAAGACGGCAGCGGCGUGGGCGGUUUGCGCAGCGGACACUCGAUGGCGGGUCAGGUGCCGGGGCCUCAGCUGCCCGUUCAGUCGGCCGCCUCGCCGGACCUCAACCAGCCCGACCCGUACCGCGCCCUGUCCGGAGGCCUCCAGGGCCAGAGCACCUCCUCCGUCAGCUCGGAGAUCAAGUCCGAGGAUGAGGGGGACGAGAACCUCCUGCAGGACCCCAAGUCCCUGGACCCCAAGAAGGAGGACGGCGACAGCAAGGACCUGAAAUCAAUUGAGAGCAACAACGACGACGAGGACCUGUCUCCGGAGCAGAAGAUGGAGAGAGAGAGGGAACGGAGGAUGGCGAACAACGCGCGGGAGCGCCUGCGCGUCCGCGACAUCAACGAGGCGUUCAAGGAGCUGGGCAGGAUGGUGCAGCUGCACCUGAAGAGUGACAAACCGCAGACCAAGUUACUGAUCCUGCACCAGGCCGUGGCCGUCAUCCUCAGUCUGGAGCAACAAGUCAGAGAGCGAAACCUGAACCCCAAGGCGGCCUGUCUGAAGCGCCGCGAGGAGGAGAAGGUCACCGUGUCCUCGGAUGGGGCUGCCCUGUCGUUGGCCGCCGCGCACCACGCCGCCGCCGCCGCCAUGGGCGACGGGUCCAACCCCUUGGGACAAAUGUCCAAGGUGCCAGAGUUCAUCAAGAUGAUGAGUGACCACUUCCUCUGACGGCGUUUCCAUGACAACCCGGCAAUCGAUCAACCCCGUUGUCCCUUCAGCCUGACCAAUCAGAUUCUCUGGAUCUUGGGCCUGACCAAUCAGAUCAGCCUCCUUCUCUCCUCACGUCUUUUUCUGAUCCUUUUCUUCACCUUCGUCUCCUUCUUCUGUCGAGAACACCAACUGCAGAGUCACAUUAGUCGCUUUCGUCACUUUGCAUCUCCAGCUGAAGUGAAUUGGAUGCUACUUUGUGGAGACGUUUAAAUGGCCGCUGUAACGGGGCUGCUACAAAGUGUCAGUUUGUGGGAGCUUUUGGCACAAAGUGACAGCAAUGGACAAAAGUCUUUGGAAUCACAUCAUCCAAGAAAUUCUUCUUCUUAUACUACUUGUUUUAUCAGCAUUCCCAUUUUUAAAGAACAAAAGGGUUCUAUAUAUAGUAUAUAUACGACAAAAGGAAAAGAAUGACAAAAAACUUGUUUAAAAAGUACAACUGGAUGCGGGCAGUGAGGAGGGUACUGGUUGGGGAGGGUUGUUCAGAACGGAGCAAAACAUAUCACAAAGUGUUUAAAGAGGUUUUUUUUAAUCAACAUUGUGCAGCUGUUGUUGAAUGCAGCUUCAGCGCGUCUCUGACUGAAUGGCAAUCUAACGCCACACUGUGGAUGAAGCUGUGCCUGAUCUCCUCUUGGAUGCAAACCAGUCAGAUAGAUACACACGGAGAAGCAAACAAAAGAAAAGAGCAGGAAAAAUCCAGGAAGUAAUAAGUCCCCUUACAAACAACACAUUUUCACAGAUUAAACUAUAAAUUCAAUUGAAUAAGAUAUAAGGUGCUUGAUAUGCCGAGUCAUUUGAACAAGAAUUCAAUUCGCAAAACGCUUUUUGACUAUCAUAGAAAGGAAACGGGGCUAAACAGGAAAAACGGGGGCAACUUGUUCUUCCCCUUCUAAUGCAUUCCCUCUUAACCCGCAAACAUUUACAGUAUAUUGCCAGUGUAAAACAAAAUCUAAACAUGUAUGUGUACUUUUAUUAGUGUUUUUUAUGCUACAUUAACUUUGUUAACAAGUGGCACAAUUGUACGAACUGCUAACGUUUUGGUGAAGUCACAAAUACUAAAGCCUGCACUGUUGUACCCAAAUGGCCCGUGUGUAUCUACUGAGAGGACGAGAAUAUCUAAAGAAUCAAUCAUUGAAUCAGUUAAUCAAUCAAUCAAUCAGUGAGUGAUUUCAGAGGGACUUGGGUGUUUAAAUUAUUGAAGGUAGAGGAAUAACAGAAGAAACAAGGACGAAUCAUGCAUUAAUGAAAGAGUGUACUUCUAAACGCCGCAGGAAGGAAAGACUUUUCUUGACAUCUUCAUUUAAGAUUGUUGUUGUGGGUUUGUAGUGCAGACGACCGAACAAAACAGCUCUAGCAAACAUCCCGAAACCAGAGUCCUUUGUCAGAUAUUCAUCAGCAUGGGCAGAGCAGGCAGAGUUUAAACCGGUGUCCAGGACUUUCCUUAACUCGAAGGAUUACUGGGCAGAUGGUUGAGAGGAUGGACAUUUAUAUUCCACGUUUAGCACAUUCCCGGAAUUACGAUCGCUCUACUUGAAUCGAGUGGUUAAGAUGGCCCGAAGCCCUGAACUGUGAGAGUUUUGGGAGUCAUGGAAGGGAAAGGAGUACAGAGUUAUUAACGUGGGCCAACAUCCUGAGGACCUAGAGACUGAUCUAAAUCUAAUCUAAAGGUCUAAAUGAUGACGACGCUGCAGGGGAAGCAAGGGAACAAUCAGCAUGGUGACGGGUGUAUACUUUUUUUCUAGGGGGCCAAGCAGCAGUAGUAAAAGCAUUCCUGUGUUAGAUUCAUUCGGUUCCCCUCAUUUCCUGGUUUAGUAUCUGGACGAUCAUAACCUUAAACUUCUAACCCAGUUCCAGACUGCCCUGGCUCUGAGUAACAACUUUGGGGGGACUUUCUGAUUGACAUUUGCUGUCUUGCUAUAGUUUAUUGUAGUCGCAGUGUCUGUUGCUGGGACCUUUAGCUGCUUGAAAUUUCAUUGGCCUUGAUAUCCUGUUGUGAUGUGGAUAUCUGGCAAAAUCUCAAACACUGUCUGCUUUUCUGUAUUACAUUGUAGAGACUAGAGACUCCAGUCUUGUUUUUUAUCCUGAGUCUGGCAUGCCUGACGUAGGGUUAAGACAUUUGAAUUACCUUGGUUUGCUCAAUUUACAUGUACAUUCCAACUAUUAGUUCAAAUUAGGCAUAUUUAAAUCAAAUGAAACAAGAUCAGUACGCCUGAGGCAAGUCCAAUCCACUAACCUAACCACUAAUACAGUAGACUUAUAUCACUUAAGAAUUUCAAAGUGCUGCCUCUUGUACUUGGACUUA